AUGGAAAAUACGGACAGCGACAAGCCCAGGCCGGUUGCGCCACCUGAGCCCAUAUCACCCGCGCUCUCUUCUGGUGCUCCCAAACCUUCAACUUCAAGAGCUGCCUCACCAGCUCGUGUUCCAACGCCAGAUUCUGCCCGCGCCAUAAAGGUUAAGAGCCCUUUGGUUGAGAGCGCGCCCGUCAGCGUUGCAACAACUGCUAUAUCUGUCACCACAGCACCUCGAGCCGCAUCUCCACCAGCAGCCAUGCCGCCAUCACCAUUACCGAGGGCCUCAACUCCAGCUCCAGUUACCAAGGAUCGCGCUCCAUCACCGGUGAACGCGCAUUCACCUAGUACUGCUAAUGGAAAGUCGCCAGUUGUUGCUCCGUCUGCCGCUAUAAGUGCAUCACCAAGGCAAGUCAUGUCUCUGUUGUUAUUGGUUGUUCCUCUUUCUUUGUCUCUCUGCCCUCAAAACUUUUCCAGACUCAUCAAAACAUUCACGUCGUAUUCGAUUGCUUCGCCAUCAUGUCUUCGCGUCCUCAGCCAGUCAAGUGAUUGA